AUGCCAGCUACGUCUGGUGCGCCCACGAAAAAGCCAGCUGCGAACAAGCUGACCAUCAAUGCCAUGGUGGAUGACAUCAAGACGGCUGCUUCGUCCAAGGAUGAUGAGGAAGAGAACCAAUUGCGCGACAAAGGAAAAGCCGAGAAAUUCGGCAAAUUAAUGAAGGCUGGGGCAUUGCCGCUAGCUGUGGUUCACAUGUGGCAAAUCGAGUCCAAGAAAGCGCAGAGCCAACGGCAGUUCCAGACGAAUCUGAUCAAUGGACUGUUCAACAAGCAAACUGAUGGAUCCUACAAGAUGAACACGGAGUCUCACCAGUUCAAAGAGUACCAGAAGAUCUACGUCCAACACGUCGCCAAGGACAAGAAGAAGGGAAUGCCGCGGGGGAUCAUGUUGGCUUCCGUUUUCCAUGGCGACUCCAGGGCCAUGGAGGCUAGCCUUGCUAAGGGCGAGUUGCAGUCGCACAAGGACGAUGCGGGUAUGGAGUACCUAAGCUUCCGUGAGCUGCAAACCAUGGAGGUCAAGACCAACGAACGUGGUGAAACAGUUGAGGGGUCCAAGAAGCUCAAAAGCCAGGAGGCCCACACGUUGGCGGGGCUCAUGUCGAAGAUGAAGUGGGAGUGGGUCUGCAAGGAGGAUGCUCAUCUGCCUGAAGGGUUCCUCAAGACGCUGGGCAAGGCAGCCACGGCGUGCGACAAGUUGCUGAAAGAGGGCUUGAAGCUUUCCAAGGAAAGGGGCUUGGCGGAGAAGGAGGGAGCCCUCAAGGCUGCCUACGCCGACCUGACCAAGCACCAGAGCCAGAUUGAACACGUCAAGACUUGGAAGGAACUCCCGAACACCGAUGGCCCACUCACCAAAGGCACCUUGGACAACUUCUUGCUUGACAUUGCCCGGGACGUUGACAAGUACAACAGGGAGAUCGAAAGCGUCAAGGGCAUCCUCAAGGCAAGGCAGCGCAUGGCCAAAGCCACCGCCAACGAACAGGCAGGCACCAACGGCGCUUACAAAAACAAGUGCCAUGCUGACCUGAUGAACAAAGUCGAGCACUUGAGCCAACUACCAGAGCCAUUUCGAGUUCGAGUUCCCUUCGCCCUGCCUUUCGGCGAGUCGCUGCAGGGAAUGCUCUUGCCACACCAGCUCUUCGCGUCUUUGUGGCGGGACUACCCAGAAACUUGGCGAUCGUCUGUUCUUCCUGAUGAGCAAACCCUGCAACGAUUUUGGAGCGCAGUGGAUUCUCAUCCACAGAUGGAGAGCCACCCCAUCCGGGACGUUGCCGAUUACAAGUCCAAGGUUGUGCCGCUCGCCGUCCAUGGAGACGGCGUGCCGGUGGUCGGUAUGUUGCUGGAAGUGAAGGGCACAGGCUGGCAAGGCGGCCGCUUCCCCAAAUUGCGGGGCAAAGCUGCCGAGGUCAGGCACUUCGGGGCAGCUUUGCACGCUUUAUGGAAUGCUCACAUGAACCCUCAUUUGAUUCUUCAUCGCCGGAUCAACUUGAUGUUGCAGUUAAACUGCCAGCUGGAGAACAUGAUCACAGAGUACAAAGACGACUUCGCGUUCCCCCCUGGGCCUGCUGAGGACUUCGAAAACACAUGCACGACAAUGCUCCAAUUGCAAACCCAAGUUGCUGAACAUUUCUUGGAAGAAGGUAUUGCCUAUUUCGACGUGACUUCGAAAUGUCACAUGCUGCAAGAGCUCGCCAUCCUGGCUCGUCACAUCAACCCUCGGCUCAUUUGGGUGUUUUGCGGGGAAGACAUGAUGCAAAAGAUGCAACAAGUGGCGCAGAGCUGCACCAGGGGCAACACCCCGGGCCAAACCAAUUUGAAAAUGGCCCGCCACUACCGCCUCGGAUUGCAUGUCUUGUUCAAGAAACGUCACGGAUGA